AUGGCUUUCUCCGACGUCCGAGACGACCCCAUUCCUUUGCUCACAGCUAUCACAGCUGCCUUGGUCAUUACAGCGUGUGUCCUGCAUACGCCAAAGAAGCUUCUCAGCAAAUUUUUUCACAUACUUCUUCAUUACACCAACCGAGUCCGUAGCGUUGACGGUACCUUCACUCUCGACGGACCCAAGUAUGUCUGGCCGUACGGGAACACCAAACAGCAGUUCUACGACGCGCACAAACACUCACAACUCUGGUCGGAGCAAUAUGGCCAGAUUUAUCGUAUUUGGAGUGGCUUGUCUCCGGAAGUUGUAAUAACGACACCCGCAGAUGUUGCCAAGUUCUAUAGCGACGCAAGCCAUCAUAUCAGAGUGUUUGGGCAACGCGCUGGUUGGGUAUUCCACCAGGUUCUAGGGGAAGGCAUUGGCUUCAUCGACCAUGGCGAUUGGCGAAGAGUGCGAAAAUGCAUGGAUCCUCUCAUGGCAAACGGAGUGGCUACGAAGCAACUACCUCAGAUUAACCAGUCGGCGCAAGAGUUUGUAGACCGCCUGGGCAACGAUCAGGUAACUGUGAUAUGUGCUAUCAAUGCUGUCAUGAACUUUCCCCUGUUAGAGACAAGCCGGGCGCUAUUUGGCGACAUGAACGAGGUAGAACAAACAGAGUUGCUAGCUAUCGGGGAGAAGUAUAUGAAAAUCAUCCGCUCAUUUUUCGCAGACGGGCCUUUUUGUCGCGGAUUUCGCUAUUGGCGACCUGCGUCCAAGUUGAGGUCUACUACACGAGAAUACCUGCAUCGAUGGGAUACCUUUCACCGCAACCUAGUACACUCGCGUCGGGAUCAGCCGGAGUUGCCAAUCAUGAAGUUGUGGAAGCGAGUCGAGGAGGGAAUAAUCACUCGAAAUGAACUUUUGCAAUCAAUUACAGAAUCGACCUACACCAAUAUCGACAUCACAGCUCAUGUCAUUGUUACCACCUGCGUACUUGUGACUACAGAUGAGAAUACGCAAAAGGAUCUGGAGAUUGAGAUCAAAAGCCAGAGGCAUGAUCAAGACCGGUAUAUUGGUCGAACGGACACCUUACUGCAUUUUGUGCUCCUUGAAGCCCUGCGUCUGCAGCCGGCAGUCCCCUUCACCCUCUCCGAAGCCGCCAAUAUUGACAAGGAAUUAGGGGGGUUUCGAGUGCCGCAAGGGACAAGCGUCACCACCGAUACGUUCGCUAUCAAUGUCCGUAAUCCGUUCUGGGGCCCUGAUCGCACUCAGUACCGACCGCUCCGCUUCCAAGGUUUAACUGCUGGUGAAUUAAUGCACAACCUGCACACCUUUGGAUAUGGUUCAAGGAAAUGUCUGGGUAAACAUUUCGCCGAAAAACAGCUCCGAGCACUGAUCAUGCACCUGUUCCACCAAUAUGACGUACGUUGGUGCAAUCGUGCUGAAACCACCAGCUCCGAGUUCGACGACGAUAGGAGUGCGUCGAUCUGUGUGCCAGAUGUUAAGCUAUCACUCACAAGGCGUCGGUAA